AUGCAGCGCUACGCGGUUUAUGAGAAGUUUACUUUACAGUGUCGGAACUACGAUGGACGCAUGACAACUGAGCCUAUGAAGAACCUCAGACUCAAAAACGAUGAGAAUCCUGAGUUUGAUCAGGGAUGGGACAUCGAGAAAUACAAGUCAGUUUAUGAGCCAGACGAUCACUGGGAACUGCGAAAAGCAUUCAUGGAGAUGCACAAAGACAAGUUUCCUGAAGAUCGCCUUGUUUGUUUGGCAAAUUGCUUUGUCAAUAUGGAAAUUCUUGGGUGCAGCUACCCAGAAGAGACCAUGGCUCUCGUGGGUGAACUCUCUAGAGGUUUAAUUGAGGAUUUCAGAGAGAAAAAGAGAAAUAAGCUCCAAAGGACCUUUGUUGAAGCAUCUGCUGCUGCUAGCAGUAAAGCCAAAGGUCAAAGGAAGCCACCCAUGCAUGGUGCCCCACCUGUGAAAUCCUCUAGAAGUGAUAGCUCACUUGACAUAAGAAAUGUGAAGAGUGCUGACGUUGCCCCUGCUUAUAGCACAGACAAGUACCUAUCAUCUACAAGUAAUAGAACUGCUCUUGAGGGUUCUAUUCACAGAGACCAUUCUGCACAUGAUGUCAAAACAAGAAAUCUGAAGCUCAGGGUUCCAGAUGAUUAUUGGAAGUCUUCAGAUCCCUUGGUUGACUUUAUUCUAAUGGACCAUCAAUACUGUGAACAGAAUGCUAUCUCAAUGCUUACAAGUUCAGCUGCAUUCUCCAAGGCAGACUUGUGCUUUCUCUUCAAUCGAGAAGAUGAGAAGAUGACCAGAUGUGAUAUAAGGCUGAAUGAUGUGCAAGUGGCAAGUGGUUGGGGUCCAUCAGAGGCAGCAGCAAAGACUGAGGCUUGCAAAACUGCAAUCUGUAGCCUCCAGGCCAAAUGUUUCACUGUCAGAGUGAAGAGUUUCAAUACUUCAGAUAAGGAAGUGUCUAAAGGGCAAGUAGAAUUUGAAACUGAUGUUCAGGAACAAACCAUAGGAGAAGAUAAUAUUGGAAACAGGCUCUUGAAAAUGAUGGGAUGGCAAGGUGGUGGCCUUGGCAAAGAAGGCAGUGGGAUUACAGAACCUCUACAGAUGGCCAGGGUUUGUGAUCGACAAGGAUUGGGAAGUGCUCAGUCUACAGGAGUCAGCAAAGAGUUCUGUAAAACAAUUGAGGAAAUCAUCAAGGAAUAUGCAACAAGCUCUACAUUGAAUGAUCUUGCCUUCACACCAGAGUUCACAAGAGAUGAACGGAAGGAGAUUCACACGAUCUCACAUAAGUUCAACUUGAAGAGUCACAGUCAUGGGAAGGAUGACAGUCGAUACUUGGUUCUCUCCAAGAAGCUCACUUCUAGAGCCAUCAUUCGACACCUGAUUGAAGAUGCAGGAACCAAUGACAAGUAUGAGCUCAUACCACCAACUCAAGGCUUUUUGUCUGAUAGCAGAUGAGAGCCUAACAUACCUAAUGUUUGAUGAUUGUAAGUUUAUU